CCGGGUGUAGCAAGAUGGCGACCUCCGGAGGGGCAAACAUGGAUAGGGGAUCGGACGGAGGCUGGUUUGUCACCCUGGCUGUAGGGGUGACCCUGAUGAAAUGUCUUCUCAUACCGACAUAUCAUUCCACAGACUUUGAAGUCCACCGGAACUGGUUGGCCAUCACUCACAGUCUGCCCGUAUCUCGCUGGUACUAUGAGGCGACCUCUGAGUGGACGCUGGACUACCCUCCCUUUUUCGCCUGGUUUGAGUACGCCCUGUCGCAGGUCGCGCGGCUCUUCGACCCUGAAAUGCUGAAAGUGGAAAACCUCAAUUACGCCAGCCAGGAAACCAUCCUGUUCCAGAGAUUCUCCGUAAUCCUGACGGAUCUCCUCUUCAUCUACGCCGCCAAACAGUGCUGUCGGAGCUUGGACGGGAAGACGGAUCGCAGAGAUAUCCUGGAGCGACCGGCCUUCAUCCUCUCCGUCCUCUUGCUGUGGAAUUUCGGGUUACUCAUCGUGGAUCACAUCCACUUCCAGUACAAUGGUUUCCUCUCGGGUAUCAUGCUUCUCUCCGUUGCACGAUUAUUUCAGAAGAGACACCUGGAGAGCGCCUUCCUCUUUGCUGUGCUGCUGAACUUCAAGCACAUCUACCUGUACAUCGCCCCAGCCUAUGGCAUCUACCUGUUGAGGUCGUACUGCUUCACUGCCAAUAACGCAGACGGAUCUCUGAAAUGGAGAAGUUUCAGCAUUCUGCGACUCCUCUCCUUGGCUGUCAUUGUGCUGUUUGCCUUCGCGGUCUCGUUUGGACCUUUUGUGUACAUGGGUCAACUUCCUCAAGUCCUUUCUCGCCUUUUCCCCUUCAAGAGAGGUCUCUGUCAUGCCUACUGGGCUCCAAAUUUCUGGGCAUUGUACAAUGCAGCAGAUAAAGUGCUCUCCAUUGUCGGUGUCAAGAUGCAGCUGCUGGACCCGGCUGCCGUUCGGACCGGAUCAAUGACGGGCGGGUUGGUUCAGGAGUUUGAGCACAGCGUCCUUCCCUCUGUCACUCCGCUGGCCACUUUGCUCUGCACUCUUCUCUCCAUCCUGCCAUCAGUUCUCUCCCUGUGGAUGAGACCCCGGGGACCUCCCGGUUUCCUCCGCUGUCUGGUCCUGUGCGCCCUCGGGUCAUUUAUGUUUGGUUGGCAUGUACAUGAGAAAGCCAUCCUUCUAGCCAUACUUCCACUAAGCAUACUGGCGGUCAGCAGUGCAAAGGAUGCUGGGAUAUAUCUGAUUCUGGCCACCACUGGGCACGUCUCCCUCUUCCCCCUGCUCUUUACAGCACAAGAGCUUCCCAUCAAGAUCUUGCUCAUGGCAAUUUUCACAGUGUUCAGCAUCAGCUCAUUGAAGACACUGUUCAGGUAA